GCCCCCGCGGCCACCAUGAAGAAGGAGGUGUGCUCCGUGGCCUUCGUCAAGGCCGUGUUCACCGAGUUCCUGGCCACCCUCAUCUUCGUCUUCUUCGGCCUCGGCUCGGCCCUUCAGUGGCCGUCGGCGCUGCCCUCCAUCCUCCAGAUCUCGCUGGCCUUCGGCCUGGCCAUCGGCACCCUGGCCCAGGCCCUGGGGCCCGUGAGCGGCGGCCACAUCAACCCUGCCGUCACGCUGGCCCUCUUGGUGGGCAACCAGAUCUCCCUGCUGCGGGCUGUCUUCUACGUGGUGGCCCAGCUGGUGGGCGCCAUCGCCGGCGCCGGCAUCCUCUAUGGGCUGGCACCAGCCAAUGCGCGGGGCAGCCUGGCGGUCAAUGCGCUCAACAACAACACGACGCCCGGCCAGGCCAUGGUGGUGGAGCUGAUUCUGACCUUCCAGCUGGCGCUCUGCAUCUUCUCCUCUACCGACUCCCGCCGCACCAGCCCUGUGGGCUCCCCGGCCCUGUCCAUCGGCCUGUCCGUCACCCUGGGCCACCUUGUGGGGAUCUAUUUCACCGGCUGCUCCAUGAACCCAGCCCGCUCUUUCGGCCCCGCAGUGGUCAUGAAGCGGUUCAGCUCUGCACACUGGGUGUUCUGGGUGGGGCCCAUCGUGGGGGCUGCCCUGGCCGCCAUCCUCUACUUCUACCUGCUCUUCCCCAACUCCCUGAGCCUGAGUGAGCGUGUGGCCGUCGUCAAGGGCACGUAUGAGCCUGAGGAGGACUGGGAGGAGCAGCGGGAGGAGCGGAAGAAGACCAUGGAGCUGACCGCCCACUGACCAGCGUCAGACAGGGGCUAGCCCCUCACCCCUGAAU